AUGCUGCCACUAAAUAUAGUAAUCGGAACACCUCCACCAUCUUCAACAAAUACAACUUCAUCAUCUUAUUCAACAUUUUCAUUGGUUUCACCAUCAGCGACUUCUGCUUUUCGAACUGUUCAACCACGUUCGAGAACAGUUAGUGGAAAUGGAGGACAAGGUGUUGAAACAUAUUAUUUGACUGCUAUUCAAUCAUUGAUUCAACAAGAACAAAAUCAAAUCAAACAAGAUGAUUCAAGUUUUAAUCAAGGAAUUGUCAAAACAGAAGGUAAACCUCAUUUUCUUUUUCUGAAUAUAAUGUGUCUUAAGAACCUGUGAGCAUCUGAAAAAUAUCCCAAAAUCUGAUCUUAUCAAAGUUGAAUUUUGAAACAUGUGACAUUUUCUAUUCCAAAAUUGAGAGGAAAACUAGCAGAGUACUGUAGUUUAUGAAUUUUUUGCGUUUUAUUUCCAGCGAAAUUUAAGUUAAGUAAUGGUAAAAGAAAUAAUUGUAUCUACAGUACCUGAAAAAUCCACCAACUUUCAACGUUGAAUUCUGAAUUCUUGUUAUCCCUAUUAUGAUAUUUUACAAAAUUAACAAGGUACUGUAAUUCUUGAUGCUUUGUUGUUUUGCCCUGCGAAUGCCAGGAUAAUUUAUAUCAUUUUCCAAUUGGUUUUGAUGAUUGUCGUUCAGACAAAACGGCGUCACUUCUUUCAUAAUUUUUAUUUUUCAAUUUCAACCUUCAUCUGAAUUUCUCAUCAUUUCAUAUAUUUUUUUUUUGAUGAUGAAUUUGGGUCGCGGCGACCUCCAAAUAUUCGUCAUGUGCGCCUUUUUUUCGAUUUUUCUUGUUUACCAGUUGUGACCCAAUUUAAGGUCACAAUCAUCGACGAAUUCGGAAAACGCUUGAAAAAUUGAGGCUAGACAGUUAUUUGAAAUUGAUAUUAUUCAAAAUAGAUAUACUUCUGAACCUUUGAAGUUCUACUAAAACAUAUAAUCUAAUCUGACGUGAAAUUUUUCAAGAUUCUCAACAAAUGAAAUGUGUUAUUUCUUCAACAAAACUCCAAAUUUUCGAAAUAAAAAAAAAUCUGUACUUGACCUAUUUUUAUUUAUUAUUUCGUUCUCUCAGCCAAUUUCAAUGCCACAUUUUCAAUUUCAACCGACCAACAAAAAAAAUCACAUGCCAUUGAAAAUGGUUUUUUUCCGAAAAGUGAAAGUCAUGAAUUACGUAACCGACCGAAUUCGGAAAAAAUGAAGAUAUAUCUUAUCCAAAAACAUGAUUAUAUAAAGUUCUGUAGAUCAAAGAAAAGUGAUUACAUUCUCAUAACGAUGAUCAGAAGUUCUUGUGUUUUUGGAUUUUCAAUAAUUUCAAGCAUUCAGACAUAUAUUUUUCGUAUUGUUAGGAGAAUUGAUUUACAAUACCAAACAAAAAGUAGUAUCAAUUUUUGGUGUUGAAAAUUGAAAUUAUUUGUUGCCUUCCAUCCGCUCGCUCAAAAUCAGUUCAAGGUCAUUUUUUUGGGCACACAGGUAGCCAAUGUAGUAAUACUUUCAUUUUUUGUUGCGACAAGGAAGAAAAAAAAUAAAUUGUUGAACAGGGGUAAAAUGUUGCCAAUAUCUAGAUAAAAUGAGCACUUUCAGUAAAAGACGAAAACUGUUCAACAUCAGCUGGAACUAUUUUGUGUCAAGUGUGCUCCGAUCGUGCUUCUGGAUUUCAUUAUGGAGUUUUUGCCUGUGAAGGUUGUAAGGUAAAUACAGUAAUAUUUUUUAUCAAAAAUUUCAAAUUGUAUUUGCUUCAGGGAUUUUUCCGUCGUUCAAUUCAACAAAAAAUAAGCUACCGUACUUGUUCGAGAACAGAGGAUUGCUUGAUUUUACGAAACAAUAGAAAUCGUUGUCAACAUUGUCGACUCAAAAAAUGUCUAUCCGUUGGAAUGUCUCGUGACGGUAAGUAACUAAGCAUUCGCCUUUUUUGUGUUUCUUUUUUCCCAUACAUUUACCCCUUUUGUUCCAUUACUCACUGUUUUUUGUGUUUGGCGCCAAAUUCUCGCGCGCUUUGCACUUUUUUUGUGUUGGUGAGAAAAUCAAACAAAGACAGUUAGCAAAAAGGGAUAGGUGAUUUUUGGAAUGAAAUAAAUGGCGGGUAAAAUGCAAAAUGCAAAUGGCAACGAAACAAGGAAAAUAAAUUCGAAAUGUGAUGUUUUUUAGCUGUUCGAUUUGGUCGAGUUCCAAAACGUGAGAAAGCGAGAAUGUUUGAAGAAAUGCAAAAAACAAAUGUACAAUCACAACGUGAUCAAAUUGCAUUACAGUAUGAAAAUGUGACAGAUGCACUUCUUAAAUUAUCAAAUGCUUUUCUGACAUUACAAAAUACGGUAAAGUAUCCUAGUGAUACACAUUUUUUAAUUAAAAAAUGUUUUAGCUCGAAAAAUGUUCAACAAAUUCCGACAAAUGUCCGAUUUCAUCAGCUUUUAUUGUUGUUCCUUUAAAAGCUGCUGUUGAUUUUGCAAACUCAAUUCCAGCAUUUCUGACAAUUCCACAAAACAAUCGAAUCGGACUUUUGCAGGUGAGAGAGAAUUCAAAAAACACUACAGCAAUUUAAAAGUGUUAAAUUUUGCAGAAUAGUGUAUUUGAUGUAAUGUUUCUUGCAUCCUGUUCUUCUCCAACAACAUCAAUUUCAUUUCUUCAUCCUUCAAUUUCUUCAAAUUCUACACCAAUAAUUCAUCAAUCAAUACUUUCAAUAACUCAACGUCUUCAUCAUUUACCAGUUCUUUGUCAACCAAUUAUAACUGCAAUUGCAAUUACAUCACAAUCAGAUCAACCAACUUGUCAAUCAACAUUAUUAGCUGAAAGACUUUGGGUUGUACUUGCUCGAAUUGGUGGAACUCUUGCACUUCAAAUGGUUCCAAGUCUUUUGGCAGAUAUUCGAACUCUUCGUCAAUGGCACAAUGAUCGUCUUCGAUCAAUUCAAAUGCCAUGUCCACCUCUUUUGAUGUCUCCUCCUUUAUCUACAGUUUCUUCAAGUAGUGCCGCAUUUAUUGAAAGACAUCAUUCAAUUGCUGAAAUAUUAGAAAAACCAAGAAGAAUUUCGACUUCAAAUACUUUUAAUGAUCAACCACUCAACCUUUGUAUCAAAGACGGUCAGUAAAAUUAUAUCUACUUUCUGCGAAAAAUAAUUUUCUUUUUUUUUAGAAGAUAUCUGA